UUAUUUAUUUAUUUUAUUUAUUUAUUUUGUCACACAGUAUAUAUAAGCAAAAGCAUGAAAGUAACUAUAUAAUAAUAUAUAAGCAUAUAUAUAAGUAUGUAAUAACUAUAUUAAUUGGAUAUAAUGAAAGGAAACAAUAGGACAGGACCGGUAGGCACUCUUGUGCUCUUAUGCACGCUCCUUACUCACCUCUUAGAAAUGGGGUGAAGGUCAAUAGUAGACAGUUUUUGGUUGAAGCUUUGGGGAUUUUGGGAAGAGACCACAGAGUCAGGUAGUUUAUUCCAAGCAUUAACAACUCUGUUACUGAAGUCAUAUUCACUUCAACUCCCAGAAUUCCCCAGCCUGCUUGGCUGGAGGACUUCAUCUCCCAGAAUUCCCCAGCCUGCUUGGCUAGAGGACUUCAACUCCCAGAAGUCCCCAGCCGGCUUGGCUGGAGGACUUCAACUCUGGGGCCAGACAGAGGUGGUAUUUGUCAGUUCUCCAAACUAUUCAAAAUUUCCACUACCGGUUCUCCGAACUGCUCAAAAUUUCCGCUACUGGUUCUUUAGAACCUGUCCGAACCUGCUGGAUUUCACCCGAGUAAAAUGAUAUAGGAGUUCAGUGACUUUAAAUGACUUAUCUAAUGUGGUGCUUUGCAGUAGUGCACUGGGAAUAAUUUUUUAAAAGUUCCUUUAGCAGCUCCCCUGUGGAGCAGCUAGAGAGACUUGGAUUAAUUCAGUACAGUCCUAUAAUACAAAAGUGUUUUUCCCCUGACCAGGGCAAAUUGAAGUUGGGUGGACUUCAACUUCCAGAAUCCUAGGUGCGCUGGGGAAUUCUGGGAGUUGGAGUCCGCACAACUUAAAAGUUGCCCAGGCUGAAAAAACACUGGUCUAAUGGAAUCCCACUAGAUUUUUUCACAUUAGUUCCCGCUGAACUUAAAAGGUCUGGAUUCUAAUAAAGAUUGCAGGAUCCCAAACAUGUAGCACAUGAUUUAAUUGCCACUGAUUGAGCAUGGUGAGUGUUAGGCUGAGUGGUGCUUGGCCUGAAAUAUGGAUCUUGUUCUCUGAGUGACAAUAUUACUGCAAUGUUUUAGUUAUUCCUCAGGAUUCUGUUCAAAUUACAAGGGACUGAAGCAUACCGAAAACCCUUUUUUACAAAUGCAAAAUGUUGACACUAAGUUUAACUUUACCACCUAGAGUGACGUUUGCUUGUAAGUUUAUUUUUAUUGCAAAAUUUUGGUCUAGUUUCUGUUUCUUACCUAUUGUGUCUGGGCAAUGGUUUAAUUUUCCCAUGCACCCAGUUUGAUUUGAUUAUUAGGCAGAUAGAAAUAAUGUCAAAACUGUGUGUUUUAAAGGACACCCAUUCCUGGGAAGUAAACUACAUGUAGAUAUAUUGAGCAACUCAAACUUGUUCAAGUGGACAUACAAAGCAUGGAAGGAUUCUUCUUAAUAUCUAAAUUGUAUCAAGUCAUGUGCUUGUGGCAUAUGUAAAUAGCAUUGUGCUGCAUUUUAUCAGCUAACUUCCUUGGGCAGAGAGGUUGGCAAUUAAGUUUGAAGCUAUGCCAUAAUAGCGUUAGCUGCACGAUAAAAACAUUUAUUUAAGUAGCCAUUGCUUACAGCACUGCUUUCUCGACCUUGGCAUGGCUGUGUGGAGAAUUCUGGGAGUUGAAGUUUACACACCUUCAGUCAAGCUGCCAAGGUUGAGAAACACAGAUUUACAGAGGUGACUUUGCAAGUACUAUAGAUAGCUUCUGAACUGAUAUUAUCGUGGAACAACUAGAUCAGAGUUUUCCAAACUUCUCUCCAUGCUGGCUGGGAAAUUUUGGGAGUUGAAGUCCAGAGAUCUUAAAAUUGCCAAAGUUAGCAAAUACUGAACUAGAUGAACUAGAUUUAAUCUUGCAUGCAACACAGAAGUUAUUUUCUGUUGAGUUUCUUUUUUAAUUUCCCGGUCAAGUGAUUUUUCUUCUAUAUUGCUAACCAGACUUAAUUGCAGUUAGAGUCUGAGCUUUGAAGCUGGCCUGUUGCUGGCGCCUUUAAUGAAUGUGCGAAUGUCCACUUUUUAUCUAAAGAAAAUAGUGUGCAAGAUACUCCCGAGUGCUCAGGGUCAAAAUAUUUAAACAACUUCUCUCUUAACUGGUGAAGAGUCAUUGUUUCUUCCCUAUCUUAUCCAGCUACAAUAAAUAGAUUAUCUGUUAUCUCUUAUUAAUUGGCUCUCAUCAGCUAUCUUGAAUGACUGUUGAUUUAACGAAAAAGCUUAACAAUUUUGCUCACGUGUAUCUACUCCAAAUUGAAGUUGUUCUGCUGCACGAGGGAGGGUCAAGUUGGUUGGAAAUUUUAGAAGUUCCAGAAAAGAGAAGUAGUUCCCUCAGAAAAAACUUUCUUGGGAGUGGGGGACAUAGCUUUGCGGGUUUUUUAAAUGGCAAAUUAUUCCUCCCUUUUGAUUCAGUGACACCAUUCAGUGUCAUUUGGACCUUAUUGGCUGAGCAAAGUUCUAAUUGUAUUCUAGUUCUUAUUAUGGAGUCCUUAGUGCUCUUUGAUCUUGGUUGUUUUUAUUUAUUUAUUUAUUUACAUUUAUAUCCCGCCCUUCUCCGAAGACUCAGGGCGGCUUACAGUGUGUAAGGCAAUAGUCUCAUUCUAUUUGUAUAUUUACAAAGUCAACUUAUUGCCCCCCCAACAAUCUGGGUCCUCAUUUUACCUACCUUAUAAAGGAUGGAAGGCUGAGUCAACCUUGGACCUGGUGGGACUAGAACCUGCAGUAAUUGCAGGCAGCUGUGUUUUAAUAACAGGCUUCUUACAGCCUGAGCCACACCGCGGCCCUUGUUUGCUUGCAGAUGUUUUAUUACUCAGCUAGAUACCAUGUGAUGUUACCUAGUUGGGUAAUGAAACAUUUGAAAGCAAAUGACUAAACUCAAGAGAGCAUCCAGGACUCCACAGUUUAACCCUAGUUACAUUUAUUCUUUUCUAUGGGACUUUUGAUUAUGUCAAUUAUUUAUGAGUUUAUUUCAUGUAACAGGCUCCCUAGAACAGGACCCCACCCCCCAACCUUUUGGGUACCAGGCACCGGUUCCAUGGAGAAGGGUUUUUCCGCAGACCGGAAGGGACAUGGUUUUGCAUGCUGCCUGCAUCCCAUGGAUGGGGCUUCGCGUGUUUGAGCAGCCUGGUUUCUGGCAUGUAAUUUAUACUUGCUUGUUAUUAAUGCAGUCUAACAAUCACUAACCGCGUAGUUUAUUUUUUUAUUUGUUACAUUUAUAUGCCACCUAUCUCAGUCUGCAAAGUGACUCUGGGCAGCUUAUAAUAAAAACCAUAAAUACAAAACGGUUCCCCCUGCAGUCAUUAACAUUGCAAUUCUGUAGCCACUUUUUUUGAUGGGCUUUGAAAGCCAUGGAUAAACUUUGGAGCAUCAGGCUCUGCAUCCUUGGCUUAGUCCAGUUUUGGUUUGCUCCAGAUGUUUUGGACCAUAAUUCCCAUUGUAGCAAAAGCAUGGCCCGUGUCUCCUGAGAUGAUGGACGCUAGUCAAAAAGAUUUGGAGGGGUAAUGGAAUAUAAGGCUGCUGGAGUGGAUAUUUUGGUGGCACCUAUGGCUGUGUAUGAUGAAGAUCUGUUGAGGAACCCCUUCUAUUUAACCAUGCAGAAACGACGACCGGAUCUCUGCAGGAAAGUUGCCGAACUCCAUGGAACGAUACUGGUACCUUGUAAAGGCAGUCUUUCAAGCAGCAUCAUUUCAGCUUGCCAGUUUGACUCUUACAUUCUUAAAGCAGCAGACAACAAUUUCCACACUUUGAAUGGAAAGGAAGUCUUUAUACAAGGAAAUAUGAUCAUCCUUGGGGGAGAAUUUAACCAGCGUUGCUCGAUACCUAUUCUCUUUGAGGAAACGUUUUACAAUGACAGGGAAGAGAGCUUUAACAUCCUUUGUAUAGCUCAUCCUCUAGAAAAAAAUGAAAAUAAAGAACCAUCCUCAACGCCAUCCAACUCUUACUCCUUGAAAAACAUGGAAGACGUGAAAGAAUUCUUGGGAAGGCAUGCAGAAAAAUUCGAUAAAGCCAUCGCAUCUUUCCAUAGGACUUUCAAGGAUCAUGACAGGAAAAUCCUGCGACAUUAUAUCGAUUCUGUGAACGCCCUCUACACCAAGUGCAUCCAGCAGCUGUUGCGAGAUUCCCAUCUUAGAAUGCUUGCAAAGCAGGAACUUCAGAUGAACCUGAUGAAGCAAGCGGUGGAUAUGUAUGUCCAUCACUCUCUCUAUGACGUCAUCUUCAAAUAUGUGGGGACCAUUGAAGCCAGCGAGGAUGCAGCUUUCAACAAAAUCACCCGAAGUUUACAAGAUCUGCAGCAGAAAGAGCUAGGUAUCAAACCUGAGUUCAGUUUCAACAUCCCACGGGCCAAGCGGGAACUGGGCCAGCUGAACAAGUGCACCUCUCCACAACAGAAGCUCCUCUGCCUGCGGAAAGUGGUCCAAAUUAUCAUGCAGUCUCCAAGUCAAAGAGUUAACAUGGAGACCAUGUGUGCCGACGAUCUUCUUUCUGUGUUGCUCUAUCUGCUUGUGAAAACAGAAAUUCCCAAUUGGAUGGCAAACCUGAGCUACAUCAAAAACUUCAGAUUUUGCAGCUCAGCCAAGGAUGAGCUGGGAUAUUGCUUGACCUCAGUUGAGGCUGCAAUAGAAUAUAUCCGUCAAGGAAACCUCUCUGACCGGACACCGGGAUCUGAAGGGUUUGGCGAAAAGCUGUUCUUAAGACAAAGAAUGAAUCUUCUCUCUCAACUGUCCAUCACCCCGAUAGACUGCUUGUUUAAGCAUGUUGCUUCGGGCAACCAAGAGGAAGUAGAACACUUACUGAGCCAAGGAGACAGCGAUAAAGAUGCUUUGCAAAACAUGUGCCACCCGCUCUGCUUUUGUGACAAAUGUGAGAAGCUAGUUUCUGGGAAGCUGAAUGAUCCUUCGAUUGUUACACCAUUUUCUAGAGAUGAUCAGGGAUUCACUCCACUUCAUGUAGCUGCUAUUUAUGGGCAAGCCCCGUUAAUUGACUUGUUAGUCUCCAAAGGCGCUGUUGUCACUGCCACGGAUUACCACGGGUCAACACCCCUUCAUCUCGCCUGUCAAAAAGGAUAUCAGAACGUUACACUCCUCUUGCUACAUUAUAAAUCAAGCACGGAAGCCCAGGAUAAUAAUGGCAACACUGCACUCCAUUUAGCCUGCACUUACGGGCAUGAGGACUGCGUCAAAGCUCUGGUUUACUACGAUGUCCAUUCUUGCAAGUUAGAUAUUGGCAAUGAAAAAGGAGACACUCCUCUUCACAUAGCUGCUCGCUGGGGCUACCAAGGGAUCAUCGAAGUCCUCCUGCAGAAUGGAGCCAACCCAAGCAUUCUGAACCGGAUGAAAGAGACACCUCUGCAAUGCGCACUGAAUUCAACGAUUGUUUCCUUAAUGGAACUGAACUACCUCACUUUUGAAAAAGGACAACAUGCUUCUCAGUCACCCGUCCAAUCUUCUUCGUGUUGUGAAGACACCAUCAGCCAACUCUCAUCCACCUCCAGUUUAUCUUUCAUAAUGCCAGUGACAACAGAAGAAACCAAAUCUAAUUGUAAAGAGGUGGACAAACUGUUAAGAGCAGUUGCUGAUGGAGAUUUGGAGAUGGUGCGCUAUCUCUUGGAAUGGGGAGAUGAUGACCUGGAAGAUCCCAAGGAAGGCAGCAAUAUGGGGACCCCAGAGUUAUGUCACCCUUUGUGUCAGUGUUCGAGAUGCAGCCCUGUGCAAAAGAAGUUCUUCAGACUGCCUUCGAAUGGCCUUGGAGUGAACGUUACCAACCAAAGUGGUCUGAUGUCGCUGCAUGUUGCCGCCCGACAUGGGCAUCUGGACUUGGUAGCCCUCUUACUGAAACAUGGAGCAAACAUUGAAGCCAAAGAUGUGAACCAAGCAGGACCUCUCCACUUCGCCUGCCAGAAUGGCCAUUUUCAGGUAGUGAAAUAUCUGACAGAGUGCAGUGUUAAACAAAACAAAAAGGACAUUUAUGGAAAUACCCCUUUAAUGUAUGCUUGCUUGAAUGGCUAUCAGGAGAUAGCAGCUAUUUUAUUACAGCGUGGAGCCUCAGUUAACCUUUCCAAUAACGAAGGGAACACACCUCUUCACAAAGCGGUGAUAGGACAUUAUGAAGCUGUGGUUCAGUUGCUGCUGCGGAACGGCGCAUUGGCGCACCUUAGGAACAACAAGCAAUGCACCCCUCUUGACUAUGCUGAACCCAAUUCAGGCCUCCUCAAGCUUCUUCAGGCUGCAGUAUCUGAGAAAGAGGACGGACAGGCACUCUGCAAAACUCGCAAGACGCGGAAGAUCAGGAAAAAAAUCAGUUUUAAGACUCCUGAGUCAACGGAUGAUCUCAUUGCCCGGCGCCUUCAACUACUCGAGUCAAUCCACCGAUUUAACAAAUCAAGAAACCUGCGCAAAGCCAUAACGAAAGAUAAAAGCGUGCCUAACUUUGAUGAAGAAUUAUUGCACCAGCUAGCUAUCAAGAACUUUAAUAACAAGCAGAAGCAAGGGGAUGUGUUAGAGAAAAUUCAGACUCAUAAUCUUGAUGCCAAUAGCAGUGAAGAACCUGUAUCAGCUGAAGGUGAUGCAGGGAUAGCACCUUUUAGAAAAAGAGAAGUACAUCGGAGUCACACUAUUAGCGUGGCGCUUUCAACAACAGAUACCAGUGACUUCUACAGCUUGCCCAGAGAUGCAAAUGCUGAUACCACUGACAGCUGUCCGGAGGAUUGAUGCUUUAAAACAAGAUGAAUAAGGAAAUCUGGGGGUCUUACACAAGGAAAAUGAGAUUCAGGUAGAGCGGUUUUCCCAUUCAGCAUUGAAGAGGCUACUCGGGAUCAAGGUUUUCAAAAUUACAUCGGACGUUCGGCAGGAAGAGAAGCUUCCCCCUCUGACUUGGCACAGAGUUUGCACUUCUAAGAGACUGACACUCCUGUUUUAUUUUGGAAUAAAUCAUUAAAAUCCCGUACAGUAGAUCUAUAUUAAAAAAAAAACCUAGAAAUGUAUUGAGAUGUCAGAAUCUAUAUUCUAUAGUAUUGCACUCUCUAAUCAAUUUUAGUAAUAAUAGAUAUGUGAGAGCAAAGCUUUUUAUGGCAUUUGGAAGGAUUGUUCUAUUUUUAUUCUGAAAAAGCAGUGGGUUUUAGUUGGUGAACUGCUGAUUGAUGGAAUGCUUACAGUAAUCCCAACAGUAUGAGAUGUGUUUAAAAGUUAAAAGAGGCAAAAUUGUGCAGCUUGUUUGGUGCUCACUGAAUUGAUUGCAAAGGAGGCUGGAAAUUAGAGUAAUAGCUUUUAACAAAAGGUACCUUAUAUCUUGCGGAAGAGAGUAGACACUAAUUAAAAAAAGAAUUCCCUCUGUGAGCAGAUUUGAAACUUCUACUCCAAACAUGUCUGUAUUAUACAAAAUGCCCACAUAAUUGAGCAGCCCAACCGCAUUUGCUAUUUUAAAUUAUUUGUGGAACACAAAAUGGGCCUACUUAAGCUGAGGCUAGUUAAGAAGAGCACAUCUGAUAUAAUUUGCAAUUUUUGAAAAGCAGCUUCAUUGCCCUUACUUUCAAAGGCACUUCCAGCUAGUCUGUUGUGCACUUUUAGAAAUGGAAUGUCAGCUUUAGGUUGAACAUUCAAUUAUGGUAAAUAGCGCAAUAAUUUCAUUUCAUAUUUUGUGUUUAUAUAACGUUUGUAUACAAAACUGUGUGCUUUUUAAAUUGGUUUGAUAUGUCUUUAAUAACUUGUUUUAGGUAGCAAGGUUGUCUUAGAAUUUCUCUGUACAUUAAUAUACGGUUUAAAAACUGAGCUUUAGCUUGCUGCUGAAAAAGUUUAUUUUUCUACUAAGUAAUUCACCUAAUUUUCCUUAGGUGCCUUAGACUUGUGCCAAAUAAUGUAAACUAAAGUAGUAAAAUUAAUGGUUCUGUGUU